GCAAGAGGGGAGGAGUCAGAGAGAAACUCAGUUCGCUAAUUAAAACCUGCCAGCGAGCAGGUUAUCUGACCCCAGUUACUGACUCAGAGUUGAAGUUGACUGUUUUUCUGGAACAAGAAGAUCCGGAGUUUCCUCAGCUCAGGGUUAACAAACUCAGAGUUGUUCCUGGAGUAGAGCCCUGUUGCUGAGUCUGUGGACCUUUCAUACAGGAAUGAGGAGAACGCGGCUGUGUGCCAAUCACCUGUCAUGAUGCGGUGCCUUCAAAGCACAGCCACUUAAUUGGAAUUUUGGACAUUUAGUUGCAACUUGCCAGCAGUGUGGUAAGAACAAAAGAAAAGAAAAAAAGAAAGAAUAUAUUUAACACACGGAGGAAAUCACUUGAAAACUUUAAAACAAUAAUAAUAAUAUUAGUAUUUUAGUUAUUUUAUCUUAAUUUCUAAAUCUGGCUAUAGGCGUGUGACACGUCCAGUCAUUGAAGGCGCAUAUUUCUAGGGACCCGUGAAGGCAUCGGCAGCGUGAGCUCUCGUGGGUUCAUACCGGCUGGGCCAAACAAUCAGACAUGGAUAUGAGUGACAAAAAGGGUCCUAUUACACUGAAAAUAAUCCUCAUAGGAAACUCUGGGGUGGGAAAAUCCUCCGUCAUGAACAGAUACGUGAAUCACCGCUUCACCAACAUGUACCGGGCCACUGUGGGGACCGACUUCCUCUCUAAAACAAUCAGCAUAGAUGGGGACACAGUCACGCUGCAGAUCUGGGACACAGCAGGCACAGAGAGGUUCCAGUCUCUGGGUACACCUCUGUACAGGGGAGCUCACUGCUGCAUGCUGGUGUUUGAUGUCACAUCCAAGGCCAGCUUCUCUGCUCUGGAUGGGUGGAGGAAGGAGUUUUUGAUCCAAGGGGAACCCAAGGAUCCUUCUGAUUUCCCUUUUAUUGUACUGGGCAACAAAACGGAUCUGAGCGACCGAGAGGUGUCUGACAAGCUGUCCCGGCAGUGGUGCGAGGAAAUUAGAGCUGAAUACUUUGAAGGAAGUGCCAAAGAAGAUCUGGAUGUAGAGAAGCCGUUUUUGAGAGCGGCUCAGCGUGGCUUACAGCAGUACAAAAAACACACAUUGGAAAAUACAGGACAUUUCCAGAUAACCUGCAAACAGCCGAGAGAAACUCGCAACACCUGUGAGUGCUGAGAGGCGCACUCGUCCCAGUGUGGAAGGGGAAAGUUCAGAGACCUCGGCACUGCUGAUGAGGACCUAUCUAACGAGGGUGCAAAAAUAGUGACCCAGCAAAGGUACUGUGGAAGGAAAGGACACAAUUGUAUACCACAUGGAGAGAGGAACAAACUCAUUAAAUGUUUUUUCUUCUUUUUUUCUUUUUUUUCUGAGAACCUUCAGCUUAUGGUCUAACUUAAGGCAUCACUACUAAAAUACACUGCUUUUUUGCAUGCAUGUCUAGUUUUGUUCAACAGACACACCGACACGCACAAAAUUAUGAAUGCAUAUGAAGAGAAAGUUUUCAUUUCUAGAAAGUAAUCGGGAGAAAUCACAAACAGAACCCGAGGUACGGGCCAGAGAAAAAGCGGCAAACCCGGGCUCUCAUCUUCGUGGCCGUCGUUACCAUCACAACUGAAUCCACUCUUACAAAGUAGAUAUACACUCAUGUCCAGUCAGAAACCUCCUCCCUGUACAAGUUUUGUAUUGUAAUGAACCUAGCAGUGAUUCGGACUCCUACAGUGAAUCAGCUUGACAGAAGCAAAUUAGGGAGACUAUAUAUAUUUAUAUAUAUAUAUAUAUAUACGUUUCUUUUAUAAGCAAAGACACAAAAGGCAAUCAAGAGAUGACCAACAUGUAAAAACAGUUUGUUACAGGUAAUUAUAUAAAAGGCCAAGAUGUUUCCUUUUUUUGUUUUGUCUGGUUUUUUUUUUUUCCAUUCUUGCUCUAUGAAUGAACUAAUUUACAAGUGAGUACACUCCAGCUAUGUAAGCUUUCUUCCCAAGACAUCGCCGUUCAAAAGACAUAUGGGUUUUACAUGUCACAGUUAGCUCGCACACCAUCUGUAGUCUGGAAUACAGAGCCGUGGAAAGGAACAAAAGAUUUAUUAAAUGGAUUUACAUACAUCAAAUAGGGGAAGGGAAAAUAAUUCUACUGAUAAUUUGCCAUUCUAAAACUUAGACGUGAGGACAGCACAUUCAUAAGCGUAAAAAGCAUAGGACAACUGAUCGGGAUAUCAUGGAGGGGAGGGGAAAGGAUGGAAAAGAUCUGAUGUUGGUCUUUUCUAAGCCUCUCCUCCCCCUUGUGUUUCCAUGUUUGGCAAAUGAAGCAACACAAGUAUCGAGUAGUAAACAAAGUAAAAACUCCUCUCCCUGGGUCCACAUCAAAAGUUCCCUUCAGUCCUAUAACCUCUGCGGUUUCUACUUGGAACAAAUACAAAAAGUCUUUCUCACUUUCAUUGCCAUCUGUUAACAAGAACAUACAACCAACUGAAGAUUUUUUUUUUUUAAAAUAGAGUGGCAACCUCAACAUUAGCCACAACAUCUUCCCAUGAACACAAAUUAUUGGGAUGAACAACAGUUAAAAAAAACUGAUGUAUUUUUUUUUUCUCUUAAAAAUGCACACAACA